AGAGAUAAAGUUGCUUGCAGCUGGAGUUUGAGUCUACAGGAGCAACCGUUGCUGCUUUUCCUGAGCUCACAGUCAGUUUAUGGGGACCGGCUGGGAAAAAUAAGGAUUUAAUCAGUGGAAGAGUUUGUUACAGAAGGAAUAAAGAGGACAAGGGCGGAAAAGUGGAUCAUGAGAGUGGAUGCCCUCUUUCCUGGGGUCAAAUUUCACAAAAUGAGAAACUACUGCACUACUGCAGGGCACAAGCAACAGAGCAAGAAUGCCGUCUGCUAGCACAAUGACUGGCGGGAGAGCGCUACUGCUCUGCACGAACACAGAGGACUGCAUCUACCAAUCAGCUAAAGGGCUCCACUGCUGCGGGUUGAAGCUCAACCAGGCCCAAUCUGUGGUGCUUCAGCGGCCAGACCUGUGUGGGGUCGGGGACAGUCUCAAGUCUUUGAGAAACCUCAACCAAAGCCCAGGAGACACCAUCAUGCUCGCUCAAAAGGGGCCCUCCAAUCCUCGACCCAUUGAGAAUGGUCUGAGCAGUUGUAACAAGUCCCCACGGACUCCCUCAGGUCUCAAAAGUACAGCUAGCAUUCGGGACAAGAUCUCCCAAUGGGAAGGUAAAACAGAGACCACCGGGGUAACCCCCCAAACCCUGGUACUAAAUGAGACUGAAGGUGUGAAAAAAGUCCAGAAUGAAGUACAAAGGAAAGACAGCAAGAGAGUUUUUACCUGGGAGAGACAGAACUCUGGAAAAGAGAAUGGAAGCAAGUUUGAAGAAUCUCAGCACAUUUCUGAGGGACCGAUGAAGGACAAAGAAUGGAUAUUGGACAAAGCCCUAUUGGGGAAAACAACAGAAACCAGUCAGGAUAAAAAGUUGGUACUGACACACAUUAAAAAACUUGAGCAAGCCAUGAAGGAGACUUCUUUCAAGUCGUCCUUGGCUAUGCCAGGCAGUUAUUUCUGCCCUGCUUCCAAGGAGGAACAGGAGGAGAUGGAAAAGAGGGGGGUUGAACCAAUCUUCGGUAUUCUGGACAUGGUAAGCAGCCGACCUGGCAGCCGUCGAGGUUGUGAUCCUGAGAAUGUCUACAGUGAACCUGGAGCACCUUCUAUUAACCCUUUACCCAAACCCCAAAGAACCUUUCAACACCCCACAGCCAUCCAAAGUUCCAUCAAGGGUCGGCGGAAUCUACCCCCUUUACCUUCCAUACCUCCCCCACCCCUUCCAUCCUGCCCCCCACCUCCAGGGGUUUGUAGAAGACCAUCAGGACGAACUCGAGACAGUAACAACAGGAAAUCUUAUGAGUUUGAGGACCUUCUACAGUCAGCAGCGGAGAGUUGUCGAGCGGAUUUGUACGAGCUUUCUAAGCUAGGACUCACUCGCACUUUAUCUGAAGAAAAUGUCUAUGAGGAUAUUCUAGAUCCUCCAUCAAAGGAGAACCCAUAUGAAGAUAUAGAGUUAGAAAGUCACUGUCUUGGGAGCAAGUAUCCUGUUCCCUCGUCUCCUUCCUCGCCUAUUCCUUCCAAGCUCUCUUCUAAGGCUGGCUUCUUCAGGCAGAACACAGAGCGAUGUAGUUUCAAGCUGCUGGAUCUGCGCAAGACCGGCAGAGAUGGCGGCAUCGCAUCCCCACCACGAGUCAGUCCUCCAUCAACCCCCAGCAGCCCCGAUGACACCCCGUGCCUGUCUGGUGACCCCUACAACAGGAGACGCAGAAAAAUUCCAAAGAUGGUACAGAAAAUCAACGGCAUCUUUGAGGCCCGUCGUGGGAAAAAGAAAAUGAAAAGGGUCUCACAGUCAACCGAGUCCAGUUCAGGAAGAGUGACAGAUGAAAACAGCGAGUCCGAAAGUGACACGGAGGAGAAACUGAAAGCUCACAGUCAGCGAUUAGUGUCGGUUCAGUCUAUGUUGAGGCAAACGGGUCGCUAUCGCACUCUGGAGCGGGACUUGAUGGAUCUUCAGGAGAGGAAGUUGUUUGAGUACUUCCUUGUUGUGGCCCUUCAUAAGACCAAAGCAGGUGUGCCGUAUUUACCAGAAGUCACACAACAGUUCCCCCUCAAGUUGGAGCGCAGCUUUAAGUUUAUGCGCGAGGCUGAAGACCAGCUGAAAGUCAUUCCGCAGUUCUGUUUUCCUGACUCAAAAGAUUGGGCACCUGUCGACAAUUUCCCCAGUGAGACCUUCUCGUUCGUCUUAACUGGAGAAGAUGGGAGUCGGAGAUUUGGCUACUGUCGACGUUUACUGCCCAGUGGUAAAGGAAGGCGUCUACCUGAAGUCUACUGUAUUGUGAGCAGAUUGGGCUGUUUUGACCUGUUUUCUAAGAUACUGGAUGAGGUGGAGAAGAGACGAGCCAUUUCUCCAGCGCUGGUCCAGCCGUUCAUGAGAGGGAUCAUGGAAGCCCCGUUUCCAGCACCGGGCCGAACCAUCAGCAUAAAGAACUUCCUGCCGGGCUCAGGAACAGAAGUGAUUGAAUUAUGUCGCCCUUCAGAUUCCCGUUUGGAACACGUGGAUUUUGAGUGUUUAUUUUCUUCUCUGAGUUUGCGGUUACUUCUGCGAGUGUUUGCUUCUCUUCUGUUGGAGCGGAGGGUGAUCUUCACCGCUGACAAACUCAGUACACUCUCUAAGUGUUGUCAUGCCAUGGUGGCAUUGCUCUACCCGUUCACCUGGCAACACACAUACAUCCCAGUUCUUCCACCUCCCAUGAUGGACAUUGUGUGUACUCCAACACCCUUCAUUGUUGGGCUGCUGUCCAGCUCUCUGGCCCGUUUAAAAGAGCUCCCGCUAGAGGAGGUCCUGGUGGUUGACCUUGGCAACAGUCGUUUCCUGCGACAGAUGGAUGAUGAGGACUCUAUUCUGCCUCAUAAACUCCAGGCUGCUCUGGAACAUGUUCUAGAGAGGAGAAAAGAACUGGUCCAUGAUGUCGCAGAUAAUCAAAGUGAACCCGGUUCUCUCAGCACUGUGGUGUCCGAGGCGUUCGUGCGAUUCUUUGUGGAAAUCGUAGGUCAUUAUGCACUCUUUAUGGGCGGCAGCGACCGUGACGAAGAAUCCUCAGCUUCAUCUUCCUCCUCUCCAACUCCAUCAUCAUUCCAGCGUGAGGCGUUCCGUAAGGCGGUGACCUCCAAAAGCCUGCGGAGAUUCCUGGAGGUCUUCAUGGAGACGCAGAUGUUUUCCGGAUUUCUGCAGGAGAGAGAGUUCCGGCGGCAGGGCCUGAAAGGUUUAUUUGAAGUGAGAGCUCAGGACUACCUUGAUUCUCUGCCAGGCAGUGAGAACAGAGGCGUCAACAAGUUCCUCAAAGGUUUAGGUAACAAAAUGAAGUUUCUCUCCAAAAAGUGAAAAGGGCCCGCUAUCCAUGUAGCUUGCACUCACCAGAGCGACUGACCCAAAACAACCCUACAGGACGGGCUACCAAGGACAAAUAGCAAUGCCGCAGUGUAAAAACACUGAUCAAACAUUACAAAAACUAUCUGUCCAUUUUAAAUACCCAAACCACAUCAUCCCUAAGAGGACAUUUGGGUGAUUAAUGGGUACCCAUUUCUGUGUAUGCACAAUACAAUUAUACAUGCAUUAAAGUGGUUGUUCACCCUCUCCCAAAAUAAAAUGGAUGAAACUUUCCCUUUAACUCAUAUAAUCUCUUUAAGGGUUCCCAAAGUCUAUAUGAAACCCAUAAAAGAAGUGUUCAGGCGCAGCUGUGGGUCCAACGGUACAUUUUCUGUGUAUAGGUCUCUCUUUUUUCCCCACAAAUUGUUUUUUUAAGAGAUAGAGUACAACUUCUUCUGAAACAGGAGGCUAUAAAUUAAUUUAUAUUCUUUCUAGAAUUAAUAAUACCUUUAUGAUUUCCUUUGUAAAACUUUAGACUUUUCCAUUAAAAGUAAAUCAAAGCAAAAUAAUAAUAAUAAUAAACAUGUUUUUAGUUUGUUAUAGACUAUUUAUCGUAUUAUGUUACAGACUUGAGACCGUUGACCACUUUGGGUUUCAGAGAAACACGCCACUGUGAUUGAAAAAUUACGUUUUGCUCUGGGUUAGAAACGGGGAACAUCUGGAAUCUUGGAACUUCGGGUUCGGAACUGUUCUAGAAUGAAAUUAAAAUGUUACAAUCGACCAAAACCAGGACAGAGAUGUUGGAGAUCGGAGAUGUUCUUUUAAGUACAUUUCAGGAACACCACUAAGAUUGACUUUGUUGUUGUUGUUUUUUCAAGUGUGCUUAAAAAAAGUUUUCAAUAAGAUUGUAUCUGGCUGUUGACUGUUUAAUAAACAACAGAAAUUGUUUUAAUCACAGAUAUGAUGUAAGGAAGAUUUUAGAAUUAUUAUUUUUUUUAAUUCAUUUUCAAAUGUUUACUGAUUGGUGUAAAAUGUAUGCCUUAGGUUAUAGAAACUAAGGCCCAACUCUACGGUACCAGUGGCGUUAAGUGAUGUUUUUUCUGCAUCAAAGACAUUUGUCAUUAUAACUCUGUGUAUCAAAUAUGAUACAAAAUUUUUGACGGCUUCAAUAUAAUUUUCAAUAUAAUCAUUACUGUCACUUUUACUUCAUUAAAAUAAGCUGUCAUUUAUCCCAACAUAAGAGUCACUUUUCGCAUAAGCCAUUUUAAAUAGAUCGAUAUAAACAUUGAAACCACUUUUUCACAAAUAACCACUAGAUGGCACCAUAAACAUGUGAAACUUACACACCAUAGAUUAUUUGGAUCGUCAAAUUCUAAAUUAUUAUGAUGUCAUCUCACCAUAAAUUCAUGAGACCCAGUGAAAAAACUUUUCAAUUUCCCUUUUUUAAAUGUC